UAUGCAAUCUGGAGACUGCCAAUUUCCCAAGAGUUAUCAUUUUCCGAUUUGUGAUCUUGAUUUUAUAACUGCGGUCUCUGUGCGGUUCUCAGUGGGAGUCCGGAGCUUCUUUUGGUGUUCAACUGAAAGACUGCAGAAUAAACCCUGCCCCUGGGUACAAACCCAGGAAGCAGUCCCUGGGGUGGAUCGCCGCACGGAAAGUCCACUUCUCUCGGUGUGGGGAACUGAAGGUUGCAGUUUUCACAAUCACCGAGUUGCCCUAACAGCCAGAACAUGGUGGUAAAAGGCAGACUGCUCCAGAUGGUCUUUGUAUUUGUAUUUCUGGCACCUACAGAAUCUGCCAAGAUUCUGACAAUUGCCCUGAUAGGAGGAAGCCACUAUCUGCUCUUUGAUGAAGUUUCUCAUCUACUCCACAAGAGUGGUCACGAUGUGAACAUGCUGGUGCAGAUUGGCAACCCUCAAAUCAAAGGCAUAAACUAUGUUGGGAGAAACAACAGUUACCGAGUUACAGCAUGGUCUGCGGACGAUGAAUACCUGUCCAGCUACAACAAAUGGUUCCUGGAGCAGCAAAGCUUGUUCCUUCAGGGGAGGUUUCGUGUAAAGCUACUAAACAUGACAAUAUACCCUCGUUACAACACAGGCUCUACUUCCCCAGCCUCUUCCUGUUCACAGAAGAAAAGCGGUUUCUCUAAGCGAGGCAGCAUCUUCAACGAUUUGAAAGGCACCAUUGGAUUUAUUUGA